AUGAAAGUGGCUAAUAGUGGAACAACUUUUAUCAAGCGCUUCUUACUAUCUAAAAUUGACGAUGAUCCAAUAUUGCAGAUAAAAAAUGGUAAAGUUAAUUAUGAAGCUGCAAUAAAACAAGCCGAUUUACUUCUACCCGAAGAAAUAAAGGAACAUGCAAAAGCUGCUUUAACUGCUUGUAGAAAAGUCCCGGAUUCAUACAACAACAUAUGCGAAGCAGCUUUCUACAUGACGAAAUGCGUUCACCGUGAAAACCCUGCCGCCUUUUUCUUUCCUUAA